GGCGAGCGCCGGGGCCUAGAGGACGGAGUGUCCCGGGCAGGGAAGGGCGGGAGGCCGAGCCGUCCGGGCGCUGACGCUAACCCGGUUAGGGGAGACGGAUGGCCUUCGGUGGCAGGCCGUAAAUCACCCCCACGCUGCCCUUUCCUCCUCUGGGCCGGCUGUUGGGGAGAGAAAUGGUCCCAUUAGGAAGGGCCUAAGGCCCGCGGGGGUCAGGAGGGGGGUGGGAGCGGGGCUAUAAAGGUCCAGGGAGUCGGUGGGCGACCAGCGGGACCAUGAGCGGCAUCGUCGCAGGGGUCAGCAGCGGCCUGGAGGCCGUGGCCCAGAGCUACCAGGGCUUCCAGCCCCGGCCCUACCUCGUCAACAACUACCGGCCUCCCCGGGGAGACCUCGGCCGCCCCGACGGCGUCGGGCCCUGGAAGCUCGGCUGCCUGGCCCAGACCUUCGCCAGCGGGGAGGUCCGAGGCCGCAGCCUGCUGGACGUGGGCUCCGGCCCCACCGUGUACCAGCUGCUCAGCGCCUGCGCCCACUUCGAGGACAUCACCAUGACGGACUUUCUGGAGGUGAAUCGCCAGGAGCUGUGGGCCUGGCUGCGCCAGGACCCCGGGGCCUUCGACUGGAGCCCCUACAGUCGCCACGUCUGCCUGAUCGAGGGCAAGGGUGAGACCUGGCAGGACAAGGAGCGCCAACUGCGGGAGAGGGUGAGGAGGGUGUUGCCCAUCGACGUGCACCAGGACCAGCCUCUGGGCCCUGCGGGGGCGGGCGUGGUGCCCGUGGAUGCCCUGGUGUCCACCUUCUGCUUGGAAGCGGUGAGCCCGGACAAGGCCAGCUUCCAGCGGGCCCUGGACCACAUCACCACCCUGCUCCGGCCCGGCGGGCACCUGCUCCUCAUCGGUGCCCUGGAGGAAUCCUUCUACCUGGCGGGCGCCGCCCGCCUGGCCGUGGUGCCCGUCAAGGAGGAGGAGGUCCGGGAGGCUCUGGCCCGCAGCGGCUAUGGCAUCCGGGAUUUCCGCACCUAUUCGAUGCCCGCCAGUUUGCUGACGGGGGUCGACGAUGUCCGCGGGGUCUUCUUCGCUUGGGCUCAGAAGCGGGCGGUGCCCUGAGGUGGGGAGAGGGUCCCGCCGUGCCCCCUCCCACCUCUGCGCAUCCUUCAAUACAGGUUUGUGCUCUGC